UUGUCAUGUGUUGGAAUUUUGGUAGCUCCCUGCGAAUCUUUUCAGUGCUCAGUUUGUUUGUUGUUUUUUUUUUUUACAAUUAGGCCGGUACAGUACGUAUUGUUUCUGGAACUUAACAAUCACCCGUAAGAUACUUCCAUGCCAAACCAAAUGUCACGCCGCACCGACCUCCCGUUCGGGCGACGCAGCGCUGGUACGGACGGCGGAUGGCGAUCGGCGAGAACGACGGCGUCAGCGAUGGCGGCUAGCAGUCGCAGCGGCAGCAGGCUAGACAGGGACAACAACAGCAGCUGCGACAGCAACAGCUCCAACGGGACGGACAGCACCAACGAUAGCGGCAGCCAACGCAUGUCCAAGCUGCGACCGCUGGCCCGACUGGAUCGCCUGCUGCGCCGCUGGCUGCCCGGCUACAGCUAUUUGCGCGGCAUCACCGCCAAGGGCAGCAGCAGCAGCAGCAGCGGCGUCAGCGGCGGCGGCGGCGGCGGUGCCAGGCGCUCGGCUGACAAAGCAUCGAUGCCGUCGCGACUGAACAACGCCAUGGAGGAGCAGCAACAGCAGCAACCGCUCACCAUUGACCCACCGCUGUCGGUGCGGAAGCGCCGGGACGGCGAGGUGGUCCUCGAUGCGGGCAUUGCCAAGUCGGAGUUCUGCCUGAAGCUGGAGAAGCUGCUGCGGGCCAAGUUAAUUGUCAAGAAUUAGCGGAUCGAUGGAGCCAGAACUACAACCGAUUUGAGAUAGAAAAAAGAAAAAAACACGCCAAUUCGAACGAAUAUAAAUAAGAGUCAAAGUUGUAGUCAUUGUCAUGGAUAUCGAUCUACAUAUAUAUAGUAUGUACAAAAAAAAAAAAAAAAAAGCUUUAAGAAAAAAAAAGUCAAAAAAACCAAAACUCCAUCCUCGAUCAUCGCACCAAACAAAAAUUGCAGUCAAUAAAUUUUGGAUGAAAGUAAAUUAUGAUAUUGAGGCCGCAGGCAGUUUCCGCGUGUUAAUUGAGCAAAUACCAAAAUGAUAUGUGAAGCGAAACAGUUCGAAACCCGUUCCAAAAACCAAUUUAUAUUUUAUAUUGCAUCAAGACAUAAAUAAAAUUUAAUAACUGAAAAUUCAA